CUGGGCCGGCGGCUGGCGGCGCCGAGGGGAGCGGGCGGCGAUGGUGUCUUCUUAGCAAAGGGCUCUGCUGCUCUGGAGAAACUAAAGGACCUCUGUAAAGAAGGGAAAGAGAAAGCACAACAUUCCACGAUUCUACAGCUUUAUACACAGGCUGUCUUAGACAUUACCUAUUUCGAGGAAAGCCAGCUUGUGGAUGAAGAUUUUGCAGGGGAAUCUUCAUUGCAAAAAGUUAAAGAACUUAUCUGUAUUCUUUCAGACCCAGAAGACUUAGUGAGGGAAUGCAGCAUAAAUGAAGAACCUGUCAACAUCCUUAGUACAGAUUUGGUAGAAUGUCUUUACUGGAGAAAAGGAGCCCUACUUUAUAUGUAUUGCCAUACAGCAAAAGAAAGGAGCGAAUGGAUGAGAGGAAACAUUGCUUUAUUUAAAAAGUGUCUUAAUGAUGGAGUUCAUUACCUGUUGAAGAUGCUUAGCUUUAGAUGCCCUCUUCAUUUAGAUGGAGAUGUCUCGCUUCAAGAUAAAGACACGGCUAGGCUACUCAGUGAAGGUAAAAAAAAAGCAACAGCAAAAGCAUCCAUGCCUGUACGCAAACAGCGGUGCUCUACCUGUUACAGACACGGCAGUGAAGUGCAGCCACGCUUUGGAGGUACAGCAGUGGGAGAUAAGAACUAUCGGCACGAGCGUCACGCAGCUUGGAAGGAGAUUGCCAGGCAGAAAGGAUGCGCCGCCUUAACGUACGUAACGGCGGGAAAGGGUGUAGCGCCACCCCGUGUCUCCGUCCCCCACAGCCCCCGAGAGAAGGCGCGGUCCGCCGGAGCUGCCGCGCGUGCGCACGGCGCUGCCGCUGCGCUUAUGGCGGCGCUCUGUAGCUUUAGCGUCUCGCGGUGCCGAGCGCGGUGA